AUGAUAAAAGGCAAGAAGAAAGAUGUCAAGAAGAAAGAUUCCAAGAAAGAUGGUAAGAAGGCAGCUAGUGAGAAGUCAGAAGGAUCUCUAGGUGCUACAGUUGAGAGUAGCUUAACAACACUGCCAGAUGUGCAGAAUGAGUCAGUGAGUGAAGAAACUCAGGCAAUUCCAGAGACACCAGAUAAAGAGCCAAGGGUAGAGGAGCCACCAGUCCAGCCUGUUCCCCCGAUCCACGAGGAGCCUGUUCUUGCUCAAGUGAUCAUAAAAAGCUAUGAAGGUGAACAAGUUGAUGAAUUCUUUGAGGGCGAAGGAUUUAUAUGUUUUGAGGGAGGAAAUACAUACAAGGGUCUGUUUUCUGAAGGGCGUAUGGAUGGAGAAGGGACUUACACAUGGGCUGAUGGAGUAAAGUAUGAGGGAACAUUUACUAAGAAUGUGCCAAUGCAUAAGGGCCGUUAUACCUGGAAUGAUGGCAGUGUUUAUGAAGGAUCAAUCCAAGAUGGACUUAGGCAUGGAUAUGGAGUUUUCAGGAGUGGUACUCAUCCAAUUUCUUACACUGGUUAUUGGUGCAAUGGCAAAAGACAUGGAAAGGGUUUUGUUUAUUAUGAUCAGGAACAGACUUCCUGGUAUUCCGGUGAUUGGGUAAAUAAUGUCAGAGAAGGAUGGGGAUUAAGACGCUACAGAUCUGGAAAUACCUAUGAAGGUCAGUGGAAGAAAAAUCUACGACAUGGACAUGGAAAAAUGAGAUGGCUGACAGAUAAUCAAGAGUAUGCAGGACAGUGGGAGUGUGGCAUGCAGCAUGGUUCUGGCACUCACAGAUGGUUUUCGAAUAGAGUAGCAAUGUCUCAGUAUUCUCUGUGGAAUGAAUACGUGGGUGAUUUUGUGAAAGGGGAGCGCCAUGGACAUGGGACGUUUAUUUAUGCUGACGGAUCAAUGUACUGUGGAGAAUGGGUGCAUAAUAAGAGGCAAGGCAAGGGCAUCUUUGUCUUCAAGAAUGGUCAUGCUUUUCAAGGAGAGUUUGUAAAUGAUCUUCCAGUGAAAUGUCCUAUUCGUCGAGGGUCUGCUGUUAAAGACAAAAAGCUGAGAGCCACUAGCACAAGAAGGCAUUCUGGUACAAAAUUAAAAAACACCAUAACCCUUAAUUACUUGGAAGAGAUUUCUGUUCUGGGAUCAGAUACUGAUUUUGAUUUAUCUUUGCUGCUUGACUUCUUGCCAAGGGAAGACAGAGAGGAAGAAGUAAAACAAGUACAGUUGGCUCUGUUGAGGUAUAUUUCAGAACUGAGAGAAAUCUACUACUUCUACAGUAGAUUAGGCUGCAGUCCUUCUCCUGAUGGCACGUAUGUCAUGACUAAACUGCAGUUUUGGAGGUUUCUGAAGGACUGCGAAUUUCAUCUCUCCAAAACUCUUGCUGAAAUGGAUCGGCUGCUGAGAGGUGAUAAACCACUUAAGGAUAUACAUCAUCCACUGGAGAUAUUGCUAUUCAGAACAUUUGUAUCCAACCUCGUUCACCUGGCAUUUCAUAUCUAUCAUGAAGAGUUCAAAGACAAAGUUCCUCAUCUGCAGAGGUGUUUCUUAGAAAUUAUGUCCAGGAAUGUUCUGCCCUUUGCCUGUUGUGUCCAAGGUAUCUUAUAUUCUGGUGAAGAAUUCACAUCUUUUGUCAGGAGCUACAUUGAAAAAUGCUGGGAAAUACACGGAGAUUUUUGUAGACCAUGUCCCAGACCUCCAUUUGAACCCACGAUGAAGCUGAGGCAAUUCCUCUGGAUGUUGGAUGAUUUUAAACUUCUCAGUGAACAAUUAACUGCUGCAAGAGUUCUGGGAAUAUUUGUCAAAAUUGGUGCCUCUCUACCUGACAUCUAUGGUGACAACUUGGAGCUGGAGAUGGUUUUUUUGGAAUUUUUUGAAGCUCUUCUUGAAUGUGCACUGGUGUAUGUUACGAAGGAUAUGAUCCUGAAGAAAGAAGCUCAAGAUAAUCAGAAAAGAAGCAGCUUUGAAAUCAGGUUCUCUGAGGAAACCUCAGCUGUGUCUUUCACAGAACAUUCUCUGCCCCAGCCACCAAGACCUCAUGACGACACAGAGCCUGCUCAUCACCCUUCUCUACUGGAAACUCUUCUCUCAUUUUCUGUAACUCCUGGAGAAAGCAAAGAUGAUGUGUCAUUGCCCAACGAGGAUGUAAAAGAAGAACAAGAUUCCUGUCCAGAAAACGAAUUGACAGAUGAAGCACAAGAAGAUGAACAAAAGGAGCUAUUUAGUUUCUGGAUAUGUAAAGUGGAAACCUUUUUCACAACAAAGUUCUUCCCUGCUUUUGAGCAUGAAAUAGUGCUGAGGGAUAAAAGAAAAGAAAUGAAAAAGCAGGAUGCUGAAUUAGCUGGGCUGAGAAAGACCCAGGCUGAGGAGCUGAAAAGACUUAUUGCUGAAAUAGAAGUACAAGAGAAGGCAAAAAGGCAAGAAGCAGCUGAAGCACAAACAGCACUUGCCUUGUAGAGUGCAGUGUUAAGAAAGGAGUGUCAAGCCCAGGAGAGGAGCCUUGUCAAAGAAAGAUGCAUCCUGGAGAGAGUCCUCUCUUGGAGAGGUCUCUAGCUGAAGAAAGAGGCCCCCAGGAGAGAACCCUCACCAAAGAAAAGAGGCCCAGAAGUCAGCACAGAGCCUGAGAAUGAAGAGACAGAGAAGGCAGCACCCACAAGUAGCAAGGCACCUGCUGACGAAAAAAAAAAAAAUCCUCUGCUGGCAACUGCUGAAGCUUCAACCAAGUACUCUUAAAAUAAGGGAAAAAAAAGAAACCCCAAACCAAAACAAACCCAGAAGACCCAUUCUUGUAGGAAGCUGUAGGAAUGGUCAACUGUACACACAAGAAUUGCUGAUUUCAGAGGGAACAGUCUUCUACUGGGCUUUGGGUAAAC